CUCCCCCCUUCCCCCUCCCUUCUGCCCUCCUCCCCGCAGACUGCAGCUCUUCGCGGCCCGAGGUGCGAAACAGGCGGAUGCCGGCGGGAGAGGUGAAAACAGACAUACAUUUUCAAGCGUAGUUAAGUUGAAACUAAAGGAAGACUUCAGAAGCACCUGGAUUCUAAUUCUAUCUCUGCCACUUGUCUGCUGUGUGAUCUUGGAUCUGUAAAACAGAAGAGGAACACGGAACAAUAUUUAGAGACAAAAUUUAUGGAGCAAGCAAAAGAAGACACCACUGAGGAUUAUUGAAAGGGAGGACUUGAAUGUGAAAUAAUCGGUGUGAAUGGCGCUACUAAGAUGUUAUUUCAGAGGGAUUAAAAAUAUCUCCAAACCCUGGUGGCUCAUAAUUAUUUUUUCUCUACCGGUUUAUGGGGGUGGAAAAAAAUACACCGCCAUUUGUGGAGGACGAAAUUGUUCAGCUUGCCAAUGUUUUCCUGAGAAAGGAUCAAGGGGUCAGCCAGGAGAGCUUGGACCACAGGGACCUAUCGGACCAUGUGGAGCUUCAGGACCCCCUGGGUUGCCAGGAGAGAAAGGAAUGAGAGGGGAUGAUGGAUCUGCGGGAGCAGCUGGAGAAAGGGGUGAUAAGGGCCCAACAGGAGUUCCUGGCUUUCCAGGUUUGGAUGGUGUGCCUGGCUACCCAGGACCUCCCGGAUCAAGAGGUAAACCGGGUUUAGAUGGCCAUAAUGGUUCAAGAGGAGAUCCAGGCUUUCCUGGACAACAUGGAUACCCAGGACAAGUUGGCCCAGCUGGUCUACCUGGACAAAAAGGAGAGAAAGGAAUCUCAGCAUAUGUUGCAGAGAAAGGUCCACCUGGAGAUCAAGGUAUCCCAGGACCUCCUGGCUCACCUGGACCAAAGGGCCCAAGGGGAGCAAAGGGCGGUAUGGGGUUUCCGGGUAAACCAGGUGCAGAUGGUCCUCAAGGCCUUCCUGGAUUGCCAGGUGCGCAGGGCAAUCCAGGAGUUGGCAUUAAAGGACAAACUGGAGAUCCAGGAGAAGUUGGACAUCAAGGGCCUCCAGGGCCACCCCUACUGGUUGGGCCUCCAAGUUCAUGUCUCCACAAAGGAGAAAAAGGCACAAAAGGGAUGCCUGGAAAAAGUGGCCUCCCUGGCCCAGUUGGAGCUAAGGGUGAACCUGGAAGUGGGGUGAAGGGAGAGAAAGGUAUUCCUGGAUUUCCUGGUCUUCGGGGUCAUUCUGGUUCCUAUGGAUCCCCAGGCUCUCCAGGAUUAAAGGGGGAACCUGGAGAAGUUGGCAUUCCUGGGAAGUUUGGAUUUCCAGGCAUAAAGGGAGAUCCUGGAGACCGGGGGGAACCAGGGCCACCAGGUAUUAUGGUAACUCCACCUGUUCCACUAAAAGGACUUCCAGGAGAUCCAGGAGUUCCAGGUCCCUAUGGAGAAAUGGGAUCAGUUGGAAAGGUUGGCCCACCUGGUCCUUCAGGUAAACCAGGUGAAGACCGGGCAGUAGGAGUGACAGGGCCAAUGGGAUCCCGAGGAGCACCGGGUGUUCCAGGUCCCCCAGGGGAAGUUGGUGUUCCUGGAAAAGCAGAUGCCCCACCAGGAAAGCCUGGGAAUCCAGGAUACCCAGGCACACCAGGAGCACGAGGAGAGCAGGGGCUGCCUGGACCAGACGUUGUGCACUGUACUUCUGGACCUCCUGGACCUCAAGGAAUGAAAGGAAAAGCAGGACCUCCAGGAAGAAGUGGUGUGAAAGGUGAAAAAGGAAAUGAAGGUGCCUGUGCCUGUACCCCUGGUGUCAUUGGCCUACCAGGGACUCCAGGGCUCCCUGGAAGAAAAGGAAGGAAAGGGGAGCUGGGAUAUCCUGGGAGAUUUGGAGAAAAAGGUGACCAAGGUUCUCCCGGGGCAAAAGGAUAUCCAGGACCUUCUGGUAUACCUGGUUCCUUGGGAAUGACUGGACCAAAAGGAGAAAAGGGAGACAGAGUUAUCCCCAGAAUAAAAGGAAGAAAAGGAGAAAGAGGCUCCCAAGGACCGCCUGGAUUUCCAGGACUUCAAGGACAACCAGGGCAGGAUGGAACUGAAGGACCAGUAGGAUUACCUGGAUUGCCAGGUGAUCGAGGAGGCGCAGUUCCAGGUGCUAAGGGAUUUCCCGGACACCAAGGAGCCCCUGGGAGGACUGGACCUAGGGGUCCUUCGGGUUUGGGGUUUCCUGGACGACAGGGCAUGACAGGCAUCCCAGGAGACCGAGGUACCGUUGGUGACAGGGGACCACCUGGUGCAAAGGGCCAGAAAGGUGACACAUUUCCCUGUGCCUCAGAUUUUCCUGGAAAUCCAGGCCCACCAGGCUUUCAAGGUCCUCCAGGUCCAAAGGGAAUUCAAGGACCCCCAGGUCCAGCUGGACCCCAUGGUUUUGACGGGGCCAAAGGCCAGAGAGGCAAGCCAGGAAUUUCCGAAGUGCCAGGACCAGCUGGCUUUCCUGGUGACAAUGGAGAUCCAGGUUUUAAAGGUGACAAAGGAACCUCACCAGUUGGUCCUCAGGGUUUUCCUGGUUCACCUGGUAUCAAUGGGCAAAAAGGUAUGCCAGGUGAUCCUGCUUUUGGCCACCCAGGACUUCCAGGAAACAAAGGUUCUGCAGGAUUUCCCGGACCUAAAGGAUUUAGAGGUGACCUAGGAUAUCCAGGAUCUCCAGGACAGGCUGGUACCCCAGGGCUUCCAGGAACCAAAGGAUUUAAAGGCCAAAAAGGGCAUAAUGGACCUCCGGGUUCUCCAGGUCCACCUGGAUACUUAUGUGAAAAAGGCUCACCUGGGUUGCCAGGACAACCAGGGCUCCCUGGACCACAAGGUAAUCCAGGUUACCCUGGCUUGAAAGGCCAGCAAGGAGAUAUGGGUGCCCCUGGACCAGCUGGAAUGAAGGGUCUUCCAGGAGCACCAGGAUUAAAUGGAUCAUCUGGUCCCCCAGGACCACCAGGAAAUCGAGGGCAUUUGGGGGAUGAUGGGUUACCUGGAUUUCGGGGCCCAAAGGGUGCCCAAGGGCUGCCGGGUAUCCCAGGAUUCCCAGGCGAGCUAGGAAAGAAAGGGCAAGCAGGACACCCUGGGAGAAAGGGUGAACGGGGAGGAGAUGGUCAUCCUGGCCACCCAGGAGACAAAGGGGACUGGGGACCUAAAGGUGAAAAAGGACUUCCUGGGGAUGAAGGUAGUAUUUCCAUGAUUUCCACAAAGGGAGAAAAGGGGGAAUUAGGUCAACCUGGCGAAUAUGGAGUCCCAGGAGAAAGAGGAGAUAAAGGUUCUUCUGGACUCCAAGGGGAAGAAGGAUUACCAGGAAGAGAUGGACUUCCAGGGUUUCAGAAAGGUCAUCCUGGUCCAAGUGGCCAGCCUGGAUUUCCAGGACUGCCUGGCUUCCCAGGCUCUCCAGGCUCAAGAGGAGUAUUUGGUUUCCCUGGACUACCGGGUGAUCCGGGAGAUGAUGGUUCACGGGGCAUACCUGGACCUUCAGGACCUAUUGGAGUCAAAGGCCCCAAAGGAAAAAGAGGGGAUUCAAUCAGUUUACUUGGCCCACUUGGAGAAAAAGGAAGACCUGGAAACCCUGGAUGUGCAGGUCAUUUUGGAGCCCCAGGUGACCUGGGUUUGCCUGGGCCUCCGGGGUAUCCUGGAACCCCAGGAAGGCCAGGACCACCAGGAUACCCAGGACAACCUGGCUUUCCAGGUACUCAGGGGACCCCUGGACAAAGAGGAAUUCCAGGAGAAAUAGGCGACCCUGGGAUCUCAGGACCUAUUGGAGAUCAAGGACUUGCUGGGCCCCGAGGCAUGAAAGGGUUCUCAGGAAUUCCAGGAUUAAAUGGUUUGCAUGGACUCAAGGGGCCAAAAGGAGCGAAGGGUUCACCAGGUUUCAUCGAAAGAGGACCACCAGGUUUUGCUGGAUUGCCUGGAGCAAAAGGGGAAAAAGGAGAACCUGGAAGGGUGGGACUUUCUUUUCCAGGUCCUUUUGGUGAAAGAGGACCUCAAGGUCCCCCAGGGAGGCCUGGACUUCAGGGAUCUGCAGGUCCUAAAGGAAGAACACCUGAAGGAGAAAUUUCUUAUCCUGGUCCUCAAGGAGAUAUAGGAUUUCAUGGCCCCGAUGGUAUACGAGGUCCACCAGGGUCUCCAGGUCAACCUGGAGGUGUUGACUUUUGGAAAGGGAGUCCAGGUGAUGAUGGCUUUCCAGGACCACCAGGUCCCUCUGGUCCACCAGGACAUCCUGGACCAAAAGGCAUCCCAGGAUGCGAAGGAAGAGAUGGCCAAAAAGGGCCAAUGGGACAUCCUGGUCUUCAAGGUCCACCUGGACGCCCUGGGCCAUAUGGAGAUAAAGGGAGUCCAGGACCCCCCGGGACUCCUGGGUCACCUGGUCCCAGAGGGGACCCUGGCCUACCUGGAGAUAUUGCAGAUUGUCCCAAAAUCCCCGGGCCCCCAGGGAUUCCAGGUUCAAGAGGACCAGAAGGACGCAUGGGAUUUCCCGGUCCAAGAGGACCCCCAGGCUUACCAGGACUUAAAGGUGAACCAGGGCCAGAUGGCCAGAGAGGUCAAGAUGGCUUUCCUGGAUCGCCAGGUGCACCUGGACAAAAGGGAGACUCAGGGGAACCAGGCUGUGAUGGGCCACCAGGUCCACCUGGCCCAACUGGAGAUCCAGGAUCCAGAGGGCCAAGAACUGAAUACCUUAAUGGAUUCCUCCUGGUUCUUCAUAGUCAGACAGACAAAAUACCUUCUUGUCCUGAUGGAUUGCCCAAGUUGUGGACUGGGUACAGUCUGCUUUAUAUUGAAGGCCAGGAGAAAGCACAUAAUCAAGAUCUGGGUCUCGCGGGAUCCUGUCUUCCCCUGUUCAGCACGAUGCCAUUUGCUUACUGCAACAUCAAUCACGUCUGUUUCUAUGCCAGGAGAAAUGAUAAAUCCUACUGGCUAUCCAGUGCCGCUCCUCUACCCAUGAUGCCCCUCUCUGAAGAUAAAAUACAGCCGUACAUUAGCCGGUGUGUGGUAUGCGAGUCCCCGGCCCAGGCCUUGGCCGUUCACAGCCAAGAUGAAUCCAUCCCUCCAUGUCCGACAUCAUGGAGAAGCCUCUGGAUAGGUUAUUCUUUCCUAAUGCACACAGGAGCUGGAGAUCAAGGAGGAGGACAGUCCCUUGUGUCCCCUGGAAGCUGCCUUGAAGACUUCCGAGCAGCCCCCUUCAUUGAAUGCCAAGGACGGCAGGGAACGUGUCAUUUUUUUGCCAAUGAAUACAGCUUCUGGCUAACGACAGUGAAACCAGAAUUACAGUUUUCAUCAGCUCCCUCACCAAGCACCUUAAAAGAUGGACAGGCACAGCGCCAAAAAAUCAGCAGAUGUCAGGUCUGCAUGAAAUACAGCUAAAAAGAGAACCCACAAUGCUUGGAGAAACUUCUUGGGGAAAGAAGUGAAAGGUGCUAAAGAAUUGAAUAGUAUUUUAUCAUAGCAUUUCAUUGAAAAAUAUUCCUUCUAUUUAAAUUUUGUGGUUCAAACAAUAUUGCACAUCUUUUUCUUCUCCAGUCUACCUAGAGGAAGCCAGUACUGCACCGAUCGAUUUGGUUGGGCCUGCCCUCCUAAGUAAAACACUAGUAUUAUUGUUAAUUAAACCAUGGAGGAGGGAGGAGUUGGCUUUCUUCAAAAUAUAUGUUAAAGCUCAGUAAAGUAAAUGCGUUAUGAAAGGCCAUAUUGCCAGUAAUUUCACUGAAAAAUCCAUCUGUUGACUAAUAAAGUCUCAGGCAAUUGAAAGUAGAUCCCUCCCACAAUAUGCUUUUGAUUGAAUUGUAUGGGAGAAAGAAAAAACAAAACAAAAAAGCUUGGAAGAUUGACUCUCGGAAGUGCCACUUACACUGGAUUUUCUUAUCCACUGUCUUCUUUAUGCACCUACAAAUAGCCAAAGAAGCCAAUUACUUAACACUAACCAUUUAAGGAUGAACAUCCAGAUAUGUCAAGAGCCAGCCAUGGUGGCUGUUCAUGGUAACACCGCAUUAUUAUAAAACAAAAUCACCGAUGAACACAAAACACUAAAUUGCAGUCAUUCUCCUUUUAUUUUUCAGAGAAAGGAAAUGCCUCCUCUGGCAACCCUUUUGAAAAGUAGCAAUUAUGAAAAAAAAAAAUUCAUUCAAUAUGGGAUUAGCUCCAAAAAGCUAUUAAUGAAUAUUAAGCCAGUGAUUCACUAAAAUUGACUCACCAUUUCACAAACUUCCAAAGGACUAUUUUCACCCAGUCAGGGGUACCGCCUGCCCUUGCUAUGUUCAAGCUAUUGUGCCCAGGGAACACACCAUGGAAAACAAAUGUACACACAGCACCUCCGCUCUCUCCCCAGGAAACACCGUUCAGCUUUCCAACGCUUCAUAAUGACACUCUGCUCUAUAUUCCUAAUGGCAACUUAUGAAGAAAAGUGACAGAGCCAUCAUUAUGCACUUGGGAGAAAAUGAAGGGCUUACUUAAUUAAACUUAAAUAAGCACAUUCAUUUUGGUCAAGGCCGUGCUAAUGAAAAGACAUGGAAAAGCUAUAAAUAGAAUAGAGUCACUCACAGGAUACACUUUAUGUAUUUCCCUCUAGGUUUUUAUGUGGGAUUAUCUCAUCUAACCAAACCUUUCAUUCUGAAAUUUUCUAUUUUCUUCACAAAUGCAAGCUCUAUUUUGCAGGCUAUUUUCAUUAAAGAUUCAGAACCUUUAUGUUUCCAAAUUUUUACAAAAGUCUAAAGAGGAUUUCCUGGCACUAACUUCAUCUCUGAGUAUAAAGGACAGCUAUCUCAUGCUCUUUGCAUAAACAGAACUACAGAAUGGGACCUCAAUCAAUAGGACAGUGAACACACACACACUAACUCCUUUUGAAGGAGGACCCUCUUACCCCCAAUUAGCUGAACCCUAAAGCUUUGCAAAUUUCCCAAAGCCUGGAACAUCUCACCUUCAUAUACUUUCUGAGGAACAAAACAAAACAGAAAACUGAUCAACAACGUUAAGUAUGAUUUCAUCAGCACCUUAAUUCUAGAAUGCUUUCUGUCUUAAAAUUGAAGCAAGGAGCCACAAUCCUAAGAAAAAUCAGGAAUAAAAUGGGGAUUAUAAAAUGCUUGAAAAACAGGGAGAUCUACUAUUUUUUAAUGAAUCUAUAUUCUCAUAAGUUUUUAUAUAAGGAAAACUUCCCAACCAAAAGGAUUAUAAUACGCUUCCUUUCAGUAUAGCAUUUUUGAUUUAAAAGUAAUUUUUGGUUUAAAGAAAAAUUGACAUAAAUUUAGCUAUUGAAUGACUUUUGAAGUAGAGUUAUUUCUCCUGGGAUAUUUUAUUCACUUCAUGUAAACUCAGUGUGGACAGGGAACAUGUCCACUAACUCUGUUGUACUGCACUCUCCCAAGUGUUUAAUAUAGUGCUGUGCACAUAGUAAGCACUCAAUAAAUACCAUUGUUGAUGAUGGUGAUGAUGGUUGUUACAUCUAUCCCCAUCACAUUUUUUAUUCAAAACUGGAGUGAGGAUGAGAGUGAGGAUAUAUUCUUUUAAAACUUUUCAUCAUAACAUUUGUGCCAUUGCUGACUGAUUAACUGUAGGAUUAGCAAGGAAAUUCAAAUUGGAAUGUGGAGAACUGAACAGUUUUUCCAAUUUUUCCCUAAGAAAAUUACCUGGGUAUGUUUGGUAUAUUAGGUAUCAAGAGGUGCUUUUCCAACCCAACCAACAGUCUUUCACCAAAAUAAAGCUUCUUCCCAACUCUGCACAAUUUUAUAAUACAUCCUUGUGCUUGCCAUUGAUACACUGGCUCUUUUCUCAUGGGGAGAAAUGAAAGAAACAAAUACCGCUUUACCUUUGGUUGCAAAAUCUCAUACUGUAUUUCAGCCUAAUGCAGAGUCUUAACUGGGCAGACAUUUUGUUUGCUUGGCCUUGUUUCUGAAACUACACUAUGAACAUGGCUAGAAUCAACAGUCUGUUCAAAUCAUUUCUACGUUUACUCACACAUAUACACACACAGCCUUCUCCCCUCUCCACAAUCUUCCAAUGCAAUAUUACCUACACAAUCUCAAAGGGGCACCUCUACAUAGCAAAAAUCGACUAGUAUGCAGCCCUUCCUGAGCCUAAGAAGGGCUGAAUUACUUUCUAGAAUUGACCAUUUUAAAACGAUCAGCAAGACUAUAUUUCAAAAAUCUCCCUGGUCUCUGCACAAGCUCAGGAAUAAUACUGUGACAAAGUUCUCUUGCUACACAUCCGUGUACACUGCAAUCCAAAUCUUCCUUGUGUUUUAUAUAUCAGGUGCAAAGGAAGCAUUUUGCAGCAUUGUUCAAUGAUGGUUUGGGUCAGGCUUUUCUGGGGCUGUGCCUUACGAUUCUCCUGCCAAGUAACUGGCUGCCUGGAAUGGUGGCAGGAAAGCAUGGUAAUUAUUGAAUGCCCACAAGGUACCUAUUCCACAAAUCUAUGGGGCACAUAUUAGUGACCUUUAGGUUUACAAGACAUGGAUUCCUAUUGACGAACACAAUCAGAACUUAGAUUUAAAAAUAUCCUUUUGUUGAAAUCAUUUCAGUAAACAAACACAAUUGAACAUUUUAAUUCAUUGUUCAAAAAAUCAAAUUUUUUCUGAUCUUUUAUGAGUUUUAAUUACUGUGUUUUCUGUUGGACUGUUGUCUCUGAGAGGAAAAGCUAUUUUCAUAAUCUUCAAUAAAACAUGACCAGCAUUAA